GCCAACCAAAUUUGAAAGUCAAUACCUUUGCCUCUUCACAUUUUCCCGGGAAAUAAACUCCCUGGCCUCCCAACCAACACUUCACACUCGGUGAACUGGGAAAAAACACCCAAAUCCACAAAGAUGCCCACACUACCCUCACCCUUCCCACCCCUCUUCCUCUACUUCCUCCUCACUCUCAUGCCCUUUCUUGUAAUUUCGCAACCCCCGGCAGACCAAACCCAAACAAUCCUCCUCACCAUCAAACAGCAGUGGGGAAACCUGCCGCAGCUCUCCUCGUGGAACACCUCGUUGCCGCCGUGUUCGUGGCCGGAAAUCACAUGCACUGGCGGCACGGUCACGGGGCUCAACCUCACGAACUACGACAUCACAGAACCAAUCCCACCGUCCAUUUGCGACCUAAAAAACCUAACCGUGCUUGACCUUUCCUUCAAUUACUUCCCGGGAAAUUUCCCCACAGUUCUUUACAACUGCUCAAACCUCCAGUACCUAGACCUCUCCCAAAACAACUUCGUGGGCCCCAUCCCAUCUGACGUCGACCGCCUCUCCUCCUCCCUCCGGUACAUCGACGUCGGCGCCAACAACUUCUCCGGUGACGUCCCGCCGGCAAUCGGCCGGCUGCCGGAGCUGCGGUUCUUGAAGUUGUACUAUAACCUGUUCAACGGCAGUUUUCCGGCCGAAAUCGGAAACCUGUCGAAUUUAGAGUAUCUGAGCAUGCCUCACAAUCCCCUUACCCCGGCGAAAAUUCCGCCGGAGUUUGGAAACCUGAAGAAACUGACUUACUUGUGGAUCACCUUCGCCAAUUUAAUCGGUGAAAUACCCGCAAAUUUUUCGGGCUUGUCGAGCCUUGAGUACUUGGAUUUAUCUUAUAAUGAUUUAGAGGGUCCAAUUCCAAAAGCUCUGUUUCAACUGAAAAACUUGAGUGUUGUUUAUUUGUAUCAAAAUCGAUUAUCUGGUGGAAUUCCGACCCCUAUCGAGUCAUUGAACUUGAUCGAGAUCGAUUUAUCGAAUAACACUUUGAGUGGCUCAAUCUCAGAGGAUUUUGGGAAGUUACAGCAGUUGGAGCUCUUGAAUCUAUAUUUCAAUCAAUUUUCCGGUGAAAUUCCGGCGACCAUCGGAUUACUUCCGGCACUAAAGAACUUUCGGGUUUUCUCGAAUCAGUUGAAUGGCACCUUACCACCUGAAAUGGGCCUUCAUUCCAAUCUUGAAGCUUUUGAAGUCUCUGAUAAUCUGUUCACCGGCGCCUUGCCGGAGAACUUGUGUUUUCGCCAGAGACUGACCGGAGUUGUGGCUUUUUCCAACAAUCUCACCGGAGAAGUGCCCAAAUCGCUGGCGAAUUGCGUUACUGUGCGAACGAUUCAGCUCUACGGCAACAACUUUUCCGGCGAAAUUCCGGCGGGUAUCUACACGUUGUUCAAAUUGUUAAGUUUGAUGAUAAGUAACAAUUCCUUUACGGGUAAUCUUCCAAGUGAAUUGGCUGGGAAUUUAUCAAGAUUGGAGAUCAGUGAUAACAAGUUUUCGGGCCAUAUUCCAAGUGCGGUUUCCUCUUGGGUGAGAUUAGUUGUGUUCAUGGCAAGUAACAAUCAGCUUUCCGGCGAAAUUCCGGUGGGUUUGACUAAUCUCCCGCAGCUGAUUACUUUGAACCUAGCUGGGAAUUCAUUAACCGGAGAUUUUCCCAAGACAAAAAUGUCGUGGGAAAAUCUCAACACUUUGAAUCUUUCAAGGAACCGACUCUCCGGUCCAAUCCCGGCGGUGAUCGGAACUUUGCCGAACCUUUUGAACCUCGACUUGUCGGAAAACCGAUUUGCCGGUCAGAUUCCGGCAGAGUUAGGCCAGUUGAAGUUGAACAUUUUGAACUUGUCAUCCAACCAACUUUCUGGCCAAAUCCCAAGUGCAUUUGAUAACUUGGCUUAUGACACCAGUUUCUUGAACAAUCCCAAUCUUUGUGCCACUACCCCUAUUCCAAAUGUCCGAUUUUGUUCAUCUAAAACCCGAAGAUCGGACGAUUUGUCCCCCAAAAUUCUCGCGUUGAUUUUGGUUUUCGCGGUACUUCUAUUCUUCUUCACCGCUCUAUUGACCUUUUUCAUGGUUAGAGACUACCGGAGGAAGAAGCUCAAACGAAACCUCGCUGCGUGGAAAUUGACCUCAUUCCAAAAGUUUAAUUUCACCAAGGCAAACAUUCUUGCAGGGUUGACGGAGAAUAACUUGAUUGGGAGUGGAGGGUCAGGAAAAAUCUAUCGAGUCGCGGUUAAUAAUUCCGGGGACUAUGUUGCUGUGAAGAAGAUUUGGACCAAAGGGAAGUUGGACAACAAGCUAGAGAAAGAGUUUUCGGCAGAAGUUGAUAUAUUGGGUACAAUCAGGCAUUGCAAUAUAGUGAAGUUGUUGUGUUGCAUUUCUAGUGAGGACUCAAAGCUGCUUGUGUACGAGUACAUGGAGAAUCAGAGUCUUGAUAAGUGGCUACAUGUGAAGAAGAGGAGAGAGACUGAUCCGGCUCGCCGUGUCGUGUUGGAUUGGCCUAAAAGGUUGGAGAUUGCCAUUGGAGCUGCGCAGGGUUUGUGUUACAUGCACCAUGAUUGCACACCGAGGAUCGUUCAUCGUGACGUCAAGUCGAGCAAUAUCUUGUUGGAUUCCGAGUUCAAGGCAAGGAUGGCUGAUUUUGGCCUUGCCAAGAUUCUAGCCAAGCGUGACGAGCUUAACACCAUGUCUGCUGUCACUGGAUCGUUUGGAUACAUGGCCCCAGAGUAUGCUUAUACGAGAAAAGUGAAUGAGAAGAUCGACGUUUACAGUUUUGGAGUCGUACUCUUAGAACUUAUGACCGGAAGAGAGGCCAACGACGGGGAUGAGCACACUAGCCUGGCAGAGUGGGCGUGGCGUCAACACGGAGAAGGAAAUCCCAUCAUUGAUGCCUUGGAUGGGUACAUCAAGGAGCCAUUAUACUUGGAAGAAAAGUCCACUGUCUUUAAACUAGGGCUCAUAUGCACAAGCACACUACCUUCGUCCCGGCCUUCUAUGAAGGAGGUUUUGCAGAUGCUUCGCCGGAUUGGUCCUGUGGAAGGUAGUGAAGUGAAGAAAGUUGGAAUCGAGUACGAUGCUGCUCCCCUCCUUGCCAGUGCCAACAAGUGUCUGUCUAGCUACACGCGUAGCAAGAAGGUAGUAGAUGAAGAUGGCGAUUAUGUUGUCUGAAAUGUGUGAUGCUCGAUUUUGUUGUUGUCGAGAGAGAGAGAGAAGGCGGUCCAGGCAAGUCGUGAAUUUGCUGGCAUCGGAUGAAGACAAUCAUCGUUUUUGUUUUUUAAGCAUAAUGUCAUGUUAUAGUUAGUCGUAGAGAUACAGGAUGCAUAUUAGUACCAGUAAGAUUUUCCAGUUUUACACUGUUCCAACAACAAUAACAAUCUCCAAAGUACAGCUUCAUUAUGCCUUUGAGGGACUGAAUUGUUUAGACUUGCAAAUCCCCAAGGGGAAAUGAUGUUCUGGAGAUGAGACUUGACCAUCUAAGCAAUCUUUUCUGCCCUUCUC